CUUUCAAACCCUGCGGCGACGUUUGGUACAGCCAUAGCAGCUUUCUAUCUUCCUGUCAUCAUAAUGACGGUCCUGUACAUCCACAUUUCCCUUGCCUCGAGGAGCAGGGUCUCCAAACACAAGCCAGAGAAAAAAGAGAAGAAGGGAAUAAAAACUCCCAGCCUGCUGAAGAGUCACCUCUUGAAGCAGAACAACAACAACGAGUCCAGUCCUCAGGCCAGCCCCCGCUCCACCCCCAAACUCAAUCUGGACUCCACCACCACGGCACUGGAGGCGGUGAAGAACGGCAGGACGGAGGAACCCAAACCUGCUCAGCCACUGCCUGAAGCUCAGCCCAGCCCGGGCGUCACCCAGGAGGAAAAGGAGAGCUCCAACGACUCUUCCACAGCUUUCAUUCCCCCCACAAAGCCAAAGGACGGCACCAAGAACGAGGUCAUAUCUGAGGAUGCAAGCAAUCCAGACCCAGUUGCCACGACAACCACCAAUGUUGAAUUGGCCAAGGGCGGAGCCAGCUCGAGAUGGUCCAAGAUAAAGAUCGUAACGAAGAAGGCGGGGGACGAGUGCAUCACAGCUCUGGAGAUCUGCCCUCCUGUAGAGGGCGCCGAGAGGCGUUCAAUCCCCAUCAGCCGUCCCAGGACUGUGGCCAGGAAGUUUGCAAGCAUUGCCAGAAGCCAAGUGAAGAGGAAACGACAGAUGGAAGCCAGGGAAAAGAAGGUGACCAAGACUAUCUUUGCCAUCCUGCUGGCCUUCAUCAUCACGUGGACGCCGUAUAACGUCAUGGUGCUGAUCUCCACCUUCUGCCAGUCCUGUGUCCCUGACACCGUGUGGGUUAUCGGCUACUGGCUGUGCUACGUCAACUCCACCAUCAACCCGGCAUGUUACGCUCUGUGCAACGCCACGUUCAAAAAGACCUUCAAGAACCUGCUGCUGUGCCAGUAUAAAAACAUAGGUACAAGAUGAGGGGGGAAUAGAGGUCUGAGGAUUGGGGGAUGGGGUCAGGAAAUAUUGUUCAGAGGUGAGUGGAAGGAGGGGGUGUGGUUAAUUCUGAAACAAAGAUCAGAGCAACAUGUGAGUGUAAACCUUCAGGUGGACGUCAUCACCACGCUUCUAACAUGUGAUACAUUUCCAUUAUACACUGCAGGAGUUCAGGAAUAUCUUUAUUUACAAUUACAGACAAUGCUACACCAACUUGUUAACCCUAGUUAUCAAAUGUGCGAUAAAUUCAUUCAGCAACACAUAAUUGUAACUAAAACAUGAUAUAUAUUUGUUAUAUUACGCCAUGACACAUAGCCAUGCUGUAUGCAUAGACCAUCAUACAGUUGUGAGGGGACACAAAAGAAGGUCAGAAACCCCCCCACCACCCUCACAAUGACAUGUUGGUGGUCACUGUCAUAUCAAUGGACAAAAUCGAUAGCCCCAAAUAAUGUUCGAUGGAAAGCCAUAAGCACCAUGAACCUAAAGUAAGGUGACAGAGGAGA